UAAAAGACAUCAUUUAUACAUAAUUGUUUGGAAAGUUUAACUUUAUUUAUAACAAUAAUAAAUUUUCAUUUCUAUGUGUUUGAAUAUAAUUCUACUGCGUUAUUCAUGAUUAGAAACCCACGUGUUUGUGCUAGUGUCGUCCUCUGUGUUCGCUAAACUUGGUGUCGUUAUGCUAGUUAUAUUUGUGUUACAAUUCAUGUGAUUACAAGUGUUAAGAUUAUUUCAUAUAAUCGUUCAUAAUAAUCUAUCAGUAUAUGUAAAUAUCGAAUCUGAAAAUGUUGACUUUAUAUCCAUAUUGAUAUACAUAACGACGAUGACGGAUAACUUGGAAAAUAUCAAUCCAAAAUUAUAUAAAAAAGUAGAAGAUAGACAAGUCACAGCUGCUGAGGAAGAUGAAGAUAUCGUUGAUGCGUUUGAUGCAAGAGAAGUUUUUGAUCUCAUUAGAAAUAUCAAUGAUCCUGAACAUCCAUUAACGUUAGAAGAACUAAAUGUUGUAGAACAAAAUCUUAUAGAGGUGAAUGAUGCAGAGAAUAUAGUGAAUGUUAAAUUUACACCAACAAUACCUCAUUGUAGUAUGGCAACUCUGAUUGGUCUUUCUAUAAGAGUGCAAUUAUUAAGAGCCUUACCACCUAGAUUUAAAGUAAGCGUAGAAAUAACUCCUGGUACUCAUAUAUCCGAAACAGCACUUAACAAACAAUUAGCAGAUAAAGAAAGAGUAGCUGCUGCACUUGAAAAUUCACAUUUAGUUGAAGUAAUUAAUCACUGUGUUUGUGGUUCUAAAUAUUAAAAUUUUACAAAUAUGCUUUUUCCUUACAAUAGAUUAGAUCAGAAGACUUAAGAUCAAAUAGACAUAAUAUAUUGUAAGCAAUAAAUAUGUUGAAAUAA